UAUUUUGAUUGAAUAUUUUUACCCUUUGACCCACUGUGAUUCAAUUCCCGUGACGUCACAACUUAAGCUUUCGGCUUAGAACGACAGAUACAGAUACUGAGAGCAGAGAGAGCGAGAAUAUGUAGGCGUGUGGGCAGGACAGCGCCAAGCCGGGGGAUGAGAGGCCAGUUAGUGGGAGAGGCCAGCUCUUAUCAGAAGCCGCACCGUCAAAUCGCAGACAAAACAAAGCCGAAAGUAAUCCCGGAAAGAAAGUCGCGCUCUUAGCUUGUAUCUUUCCGGACGUCAAUUGAAAUGCUGUUGUUUCUGCUAGUUGUGGGGACUCUCGCCAAGAUCCACGGCCAUUAUACCAGCGGGGAUGCUCCAGUCUAUCAUCCACUUCCGCACUUUUGGACGGGCGUGGGCUUCUGCCCCGCCGGGUCGAUCGAUCACCAAGGGAUUAGCUCCGCCCUAAGUUCCCCCGCCCUUCAGAUGAAUCUCCGCCAGAUAGCCGCUCUGCCAGUGGGUGCAGUGACCCACGUCCGCAUCCACUGGUUGCUGGAGCUGAUUGACUUUCUGCAGUACGAUUCCUCUGGAACUCCAGUAUACGAUUUUUCGAAAUUUGAUGCCUUUAUUGACUUCCUGCAUGAUGAGCUGCGCCUUUCGCCAGUCUUGGAGUGGAUGGGUAAUCCGGGAGGGUUCCUCCUAGAAAACCCCGAAGAGAUGCCCUUUUACUGGGAGCACUUAGUGAAGACCACGAUGAACCAUCAGUUGGCUCGACAUGGAUCCUCUAGAAUCGCUAACUGGAGGUACGAAACUUGGAACGAACCGGAUCUCCGGAGCUACAACAUGCUUAACCUGACCGCCGAUACCUACCUGGACUAUGUUCAAGCCGUGCGUCGUGGCCUCAGCAAAGCCGGUAGUCCGGAAACCAUCGAGGGAAAACUUCAACCGCCCAUGUACCGAGCUCUGCGAGGUCCAGCCGGCCUGUUCAAGAGCUUGGAACAUCAUCCGCUCUGUUGGAAGCUCCUGGAAGAGUGCAAUAAAAAGGUGAGAUACUGCCCCAUCGAUAUACUCACCUUUCACCGGAAAGGAAUCAAUGGAACUGCCACUGAGAUCGUCAACGGCUCUCUCGCAUUGUUGGCACAAAUCUACGAGGAGUAUCCCAAUCUUAAAAGUCUUCCAGUGGCCAAUGACGAGGCUGAUCCCGUGGCUGGUUGGAGUACUCCCCACGAAUUUCAGGCCGAUGUGCGUUAUGGAGUCACUCUGAUAUCGACGGUAAUCCAGCACUUGCAGGCCAAGGUGGCCAAUGGGCCACUGAGCAGGUUGGAGUCGAUCAGCCAUGACAACGCUUUCCUCAGCUAUCAUCCCUAUGAGUUCACUCAGAGGACUCUGCUAGCCCACUUUCAAAUGAACGAAACGGAUCCGCCACAUUCUCAGUUCAUCCAAAAGCCCGUAUACAUUGCUUUGGGAAUGCUGGCCAAGCUGGGCAAUCGAGCUGCCAGGAUUGAAACAGUCAACAUGGACGCAUCGCACAGUGUACAGGUGCUGCGGUCUGUUUCCGGCGGAAUGGGCGGACCAGGACAAUAUAUGGCCACCAUAUUCCUAAGUCCAGCGGAGGCGGGUCCUCAACUGACACCCUUCCAUCACAAGUACACCCUGAACAUGUCCAUAGCCAACGAGUCGGCUUUCAUCACCGAGCUCCUAGUGCCCUACAUUACAGAUCCCUACAACGUAUGGCAGCAGGCUGGCACCCCUCCUUAUCCGAAUGCCACGUUGCGGGAAGCGAUGCGACGCGUCCAGACACCAAAGCUCCACCAAACAGGACCCAUUUGGGCCUAUAACAGCGAGGUGGUGAUAAACUCAGCCAACAUCCCUCUGCCCUGGGCGAUGCUGCUGCGCGUGUGUUCCGUCUCCUGGCCAAAGCUGCGCCGGCCACAGCAACUGGCCAUCGCAGAAGUUACGCAUCAUGAGGUCUUUAUUAGCUGGAUGGAGCAUCCCAAGUCAACGCAAUGCUUGCGCAGCUACGAAGUCUGGUUCAAAGGACGCGACAGUAAAGGUCUCUCGCUCGAUUGGGUGCUGAUCUCCGAAGGCUGGCACCUGCCCUAUCCCUCGUUUCAAUAUGCUCCAGGGGAUGGGGGUUCCGUAAAUGGCUUUUAUAAAGUUCGUGGAGUCGAUGUCUUCAACGCCACCAGCCCCUUUUCGCAAAUAGUCGAGUAUAUGGAGUUGUAGGAUAACAAAAAGCUAGCAGUGCUCAGUAUAUUUAGGCAAAAUGAAACCAAACAUAAUCAGGCCAGGCGCUAAUGGAAUGGACUCACUUCGCGUGGCGUGACAUUUCUCUGGACUUGCGCCUCUGCCUUAACGCCGCCAAUAUCUCAUAAAAAUACAUAAAUAGAUAUAUAUUAUAUAUUAUGUGUGUUGUGUUCGUAAUACAUAAAUGCCUCAAUCCUGGGAAGGAAUUGGCCAAACUAUUUAA